CCAUAAGGGCUGAGGCGGGGCCGGUGCUACCAAAACAACGACACGCCCCGGCAGCCUUUGCGCCCGCUCCCCCGCUACCGCCGCCGCCACCACCACCAUCGACGCCGCCAGCCGGCGGGGCCCCGCUGAGGGGUGGGAGCGGGGUCGCUGCCGCCACCACCGUCGCCAUGAAGCUUCGCGUGCGGGUGCAGAAGCGAACGGCGCCGCUGGAGGUGGAGGGGGCGGAGCCAACGCUCGGGGAGCUGCGCGCGCAGCUGCGCCGGGCCUUGCUGCCUGCCUGGGGGUACAGUUCUGAUACCAAGUUUUCAAUAACAUUGAACAGAAAAGAUGCUCUCACAGAAGAUCAGAAGACCUUAGCUUCAUACGGGAUUGUUUCUGGUGAUCUGAUAUGCUUGUUACUAGAAGAAGCAGAUGGACAACCCAAGGUGUCUCCUUCUCCUCCUUCUCCCCCACUUCAAAAUGGUCAUGAGCCAUCCAUCUUGAUUCCAAACCAAAGUCAGGCCAGCAGCCCAAAAGAAGAGCAGAAUGAGCAAUCUGACAAGCAGAAAGCUCAGGUGGAAGUUCAGGAGAGUGAUGAGAGGGCAGGACCCAGCCUAGAAUUUUCUUCUGGAUUGGUCCCAGAAGAUGCAGACCUGGAAGAAGGCACAGGUUCCUAUCCCUCCGAACCCAUGCUGUGCAGUGAAGCUGCAGAUGGUGAAAUACCCCAUUCCUUAGAGAUGCUCUACCUUUCUGCUGAGUGUACCAGUGCCACUGAUGCCUUGAUCGUUCUAGUGCAUCUCCUCAUGAUGGAGGCAGGCUAUGUACCUCAGGGAACAGAAGCCAAGGCAGUGUCCAUGCCGGAGAAGUGGAGAGGGAAUGGUGUUUAUAAACUACAGUACACACAUCCCCUUUGUGAAGAAGGUUCUGCUGGUUUGACUUGUGUGCCUUUGGGAGAACUUGUUGCUAUAAAUGCAACAUUAAAAAUCAACAAAGAGAUUAAAGGUGUUAAGAGAAUACAGCUAUUGCCAUCGUCCUUUGUUUGCUUUCAGGAGCCAGAAAAGGUUGCAGGUGUUUACAAAGACCUUCAGAAACUAUCUCGUCUCUUUAAAGACCAGCUGGUUUACUCUCUCCUGGCUGCUGCCCGACAAGCUCUGAACUUGCCAGAUGUGUUUGGGUUAGUGGUCCUUCCUCUUGAGCUCAAGCUUCGGAUUUUCAGGCUUCUGGAUGUCCGUUCACUCAUCUCUCUUUCUGCUGUUUGCCGUGAUCUUUACACAGCCUCAAAUGACCAGCUGCUCUGGAGGUUUAUGUAUCUGAGAGAUUUCCGAGAUCCCAUUGCAAGGCCUCGGGACACAGACUGGAAAGAACUAUACAAGAAAAAGUUGAAACAGAAGAAAGAGGCCCUGAGAUGGAGACACAUGAUGUUUCUGCCCCCUACACCUCAUCCAAUCCCCUUUCAUCCCAACCCAUUCUAUCCUAAUCCUUUUCCUCCCAACCCAUUUCCAUCAAACCCAAUCUAUCCCCCAAUGAUCAUUGGUGGAGAAUAUGAUGAGAGACCAACACUUCCCUAUGCUGGAGACCCAAUUAACUCGCUCAUUCCUGGCUCGGGAGAAGCACCAGGCCAGUUUCCUCCAUUCAGACCACAUUUUGAUCCAAUUGGUUCCUUACCUGGAGCAAAUCCUACACUUCCAGGACGAGCUGGUCCCAGUGACAGGUUUACACCUAGACCCAGCCGAGGCCGCCCUAUGGACAUUCGCCGUGCGUUCAUUUGAUUGCUGCUUUUUCUCAGUGGGUUUUCUAGUCCCCGAGCUUGCUUUCUAACUGCAGGAGGUUUAAAAUCCCAGGCACUAACAUCUGCCUUCUCUUCACAUUGUGGCAAGAACCAGGUGUGCAUGUUUCCACCACAAAGGCUGGGUUUGUUUUAUGCUCUGGUAGUACUGUACCACCUGGCACUAGAGUUUGUUUCACAAAGAGCUACAGUUUAGAACAUGUUGCUCUGCUUCCCACCCCUUUUAAUUAUUUGUGAAGUGCUACUUAGAGACCAGAAGGAGACCAGCCAAAUAUUUGCUGCAUCAGAUAAAGAGCACUUUAAAUGCAAACCCUAUCCUUAUCUGUCUUAUUUGAAGAGUUUUAUUAAAUUGCCAGGAAAAACAGUGUUUCAAAGCUACCUGGCUAAUAAUCUUUAUUAACAAAAAUAUCUACCAUGUUCUGCCUAGAAUAGGAUGCUACCACUGUUAUGGUAGAUAUGAGUUUGUAGAAAAUGUGAAAGAUAAUGUUUCCCUUUUCCUUUAAUGUUUUAUUAGGUAAAAAGCAUUUUUGUAUUGUUGCUUAAUACACAAAGAAUACAGGGAAGGGAUUUUCUUUACAAUGGAAAUAUUAGAACACAAAUCAAUUUCUUUUACAAACAACUGUGUAAAGUCAUGCUACAGUGCAACUCAGAAGUCUGAACAGAAGCAGAACAAUUUUACAAAGAACCAGCAGCAAAAUUUUUGUCUUUUGACUUUACAAAUACGGAGCUGUAGUACAUGGCUGUAUUUACUGUGAACUAAAACUGGUGCAAAAAUAAACCUUUCCUCAGGCCUGACUUGCGGAAGGAAUUAAAUAGGUUGCAAUGGGAACAGUAUCACAGCAGAAACUGAAUGAGUUCUCACUUUACUGCAGUAAAUUCCAUUUAAUUCCAUUACUUAAGUAUCAAAAUAUUUCUUACCACGAGGAGAUGUGUUGAAUAAGCACCUUCUAAGUGUUAUCAACUAAUGAGCAAUUGACAAGACCACUGUUAUUAACCAAGUCUCCUUAUGAAAUCUGCAAACUGAUGCUGGAGCUCAAUUAAAGGAAGACUGGAAUGACUAAA